CUCCGCCCACUUUCCCAUACACACUUACCGUGUUUUCACACUGCGAUGUGAAUAGACGAACGGAAUAAGUGAUCUUCACAAUCUUAUUUGUUUUUUUUUUUUGGAAAAAGAAAUGUUGGAUAUCUACUCUGGUGGUUUUCUUCAUCCUGAUUCACUAAUGGCACUCAAUCCUUUUUUGAUUUUUGUGGCAUUUUGGAGUUGGGUGAAAUGGUUGUCUGUCUCAACAUUGAUUAUCGGCGGAGCUUCAUAUGUUGGGUAUCUAUUCACUCCGGAUUGGAGAGAAAUUGUGGAUAGCAAGCAUUAUUACAGUAAUUGGAAGAUUCGUGUCUACCUGUCUCUUCCAUUCAACACUGCUAGCCGUGUCAUUGGAGGAUUGGCAAAUCAAGAGAUUCCCGUCUGGCUCCGCGAGCAUCUUCUCGGUGGAUUUGCCCGAAUGUAUGAUUGUCGAAUGGAUGACUGUGUGGAUCCAGAUUUCAAGAAUUACCCAUCAUUUGCCGCAUUUUUCAAUCGAAAACUCAAGGAAUCAACACGCCCGAUCAGUGCUUCUCCAUUAGUUUCUCCAGCAGAUGGAACAGUUCUUCAUUUUGGAAAAGUUGAAGAUAACAAGAUUGAAUAUGUGAAAGGACAUGACUACGACGUGGAUAAAUUCCUUGGUGAUGUGGAUCUUCCACAAAAAGAUGAACUCGACUUGUAUCAAGUUGUCAUCUAUUUGGCACCUGGAGAUUAUCAUGCAUUCCAUUCACCUGCAAGAUGGGUUGCCAAUCAAUGUCGUCAUGUUCCGGGACUGCUUCUAUCGGUUCGACCGACUCUGUUGAGUCAUGUGCCACAUUUAUUCUGUUUGAAUGAACGAGUUGUGCUCAAUGGUAGCUGGAGACACGGAUUCUUUUCAAUGUCUGCUGUCGCUGCAACAAACGUCGGAGACAUUGUCGUCGACGCCGAACCUUCACUCCGAACGAACAUUGUUCGCAGGAAAACUCAGAAAAUAAUGAACACUGAAACAGAAAUCCAUGCACCAUAUGUUUCGGGUGAACGUGUUGGAGAGUUCCGUCUCGGAUCGACGAUCGUCCUCGUUUUCCAAGCUCCACCCACUAUUAAAUUUGCCAUCAAAGCGGGUGACCCACUUCGAUACGGUCAAAGUCUUGUUGCUGAUGGGGUUUAGAACAUCCUAAAUGCCUAGAAAUUGUAUAUGAUUUUGUUUUGUACAGUAGGAUUCUUUAUUGUUUAAUCUGCUUUACACACCCCCUUAGUCCACGUGGCAAGUGUCGAGCUUGUAAUCUCUUCUAACUCAUGUUGUCUGUUGCUCCUAUGUCGGGUACAACGCUCCCCUUACAACUCUUUUUUUAGCAUUUCACUUUUCUUAUAUUUAUUUUCUUUUCAUGUUUGAAAGAUUUAUUCAAAAAAAAAUAGAGAAAAAAUAAUAAAAAUAAUAAAUGAUUGAAAA